CCUCUACUUACGCUUCUUGCAUGAUCAUUAGCUUGGUUGAUUGAUUCAACUGCUACUCUGUCCUUAAUGACUCCUCACAGCUGGCAAGCAUACCACCAACAUGAAGCGAUUGCUCAAACUGGUCAAGAACCAUCCAACCUCAACCGCAUCCACUCUACGCGCCUCGGCAGCUCCCCCAACGUCAGGAACUGCCUCCAUCGACAAUUUACAGGGCGCAUCUGCGGCAGCAGCAGAGCUAUCAGAUGUCCUUGGUGCCUCUCUCAAGGACAUUGACCUUGAAGAUAAUCUCAGUGCCCAGGCUCGGGCUCUGGCCACGCGCUUGGAUGAUGAAGCAUCCAGAUAUGACAACGCGCAGCUGAGCCCUGAGCAAUGUGACGAGAAGUGGACAUGUUCGCAAGAUCAAUCUCUGCUCCUAUCACUCGCAUGGGACUGCGCGAAUGAGUCCUACAACUCUACUUCCCCCCGCCUCCCACGUACGAUCAAGGAUUGUGUAUUGACACAUGACCAUGAAGUUACGCCUUCUAUCAAUGGAACAGUCAAGGCUGCUACUUUCACAACGGUUGAUUUGCAGGAGAUAUCAAACGGUAAUGAGCUUCUGCCUGUGUUGGUCAUCGCGAUCAGAGGAACUGCCAGUACUGUGGACCAUAUAGUCAACAUCAACAGCAAGCCCCACGAUGCGAGUCACUUCAUUGUAAGUCAAUGGUUCUGUCUUCACUCAAGGCGCAAGCUAGAAGCCCAUUCCGGAUUUCUGCAUAGUGCAAUGGCACUGGAAGCCAUCGUUUCUGAAAGAAUAAAAGCCUACAGUCGUCUCCAUGCUGACACCGGCAGUCACAUUCUCUUUACCGGUCACUCCGCAGGAGGUGCUGUAGCCUCACUAUUGUUUCUCCACUAUAUCUCAGAGGCAAUUUCCAAGAACGCAAGACGCUUCUCUUGCGUCACGUUUGGUGCCCCACCAGUAGUCACAUUACCGUUGAUGGAUGGCAUCAGGCACCGAAGAUUGCCUAAAAAUCUAUGCUUGAACCUCAUCAACGAGUUCGACCUUGUCACUAGAGCAGAUAAAAACUAUGUCUUAUCUCUUGUGAACUUACUACGGUCGCGCAAUGAUCCAUCCCUGGUGGUCGCAGAUGCGGCUGCUGGAUGCGAGCAAGCUUCUGGUUCAUUCUCCGACAACGCUGAAGGUUGCUGGCCAUUACCGCGCUCUCUUUACAGCCAUGUUGGGCCCCGUAUUAUCCUGUUCAUGCGAUUAGGGAGUUCGCAGGAACACUUGCCCCGAUUAUGCGCUGUCUCGGUGUCACUGAAAGAGUUUGACAGACUGCUAUUCUGUCGUCUUUCCGUUCAUAAGCGAAAGUACUAUGCGCAGACGGUAGGACAGCUUGUGGCUGGUCAGGCAAACGGAAUGAUUGAGGAAGCAUGA